GUUUUUUUGGUUACGCCGAGUGUGAAGAUUGUUUGUGGAAGAAAGGAAUCAUGGCGAAAAUCGCUCUUGGAAGCACCAGCGAGGUCACUCAGCCAGAUUGCAUUCAAGCCCUCGUCGUUGAAUUCAUCGCCACCUUCCUCUUCGUCUUUGUUGGCGUUGCUUCUUCCAUGCUCACUGAGAAGCUCGGUGGGGAUGCAUUAGUAGGGUUGUUUGUUGUGGCCGUGGCACAUGCACUGGUGGUGGCCGUCAUGAUCUCCGCUGCACACAUCUCCGGUGGCCACCUGAACCCCGCCGUGACUAUUGGUCUCCUUGCCGGCGGUCACAUCACCGUGUUCCGUUCCAUCCUCUAUUGGAUUGAUCAGUUAGUCGCAUCUGCGGCAGCUUCUUAUCUCCUUUACUUCCUCUCUGGAGGACAGACAACUCCGGUUCAUACGCUGGCCGCCGGAAUAGGGUACGGUCAAGGGGUAAUUUGGGAGAUUGUGUUGACCUUUUCUUUGCUGUUCACUGUCUACGCCACCAUGGUAGAUCCAAAGAAGGGACCACUUGCUGGGCUUGGCCCGACUCUUGUUGGGUUUGUCGUGGGGGCCAAUAUCCUCGCUGGUGGAGCUUACUCCGCCGCUUCUAUGAACCCAGCGCGGUCUUUUGGGCCUGCCUUGGUUACUGGCAACUGGACCGAUCAUUGGGUUUACUGGGUUGGGCCUCUCGUUGGUGGUGGGCUUGCCGGUUUCAUCUAUGAAACUUUCUUCAUUGAUCGAUCUCACGUUCCUCUUCCUCGUGAUGAAGAAUCCUAAUUAGGAGGACUGUCAGCUUCGACUUUGCUUUCUUCAUUCAGAUUAUUAAACAGUCUUUUUUUGUGUCUAUUUGUAUCUUUGUUUUCUUUGUGUUUUUUUUUCUAGCUCGGUUUAUGAGUAAUAUAUCUCCCAAAAUAAGAUCGCAAUUUAGUUCA